CUUCCAUAAAAAGUACUGUUACACUAAUUAAAGUCCGAUAUUCAAUGACACAAAUUUAAGAUUAAUUACUGAGAUGUAUUAUCCUAGUAUUUGCAGAUGAAUUCGAAAGCAGCAUUGAACUCGUGAUCGCUGAAUGAAAGUGAUAAGACUUUGAUAGUACCUACUUAAUAUACAUUAUAUCUUACAGAAUUCGCUCAGUUUUUUUAUAGAACUGUAAGAAAUGUCUUCGUUUGAUGAGAAAUAUGAUAAGGAACAUCCAAGAAAUUUGAUUCCUGAAUUAUGUAGGCUAUUUUAUGAUCUUGGAUGGGUUACUGGUACUGGUGGUGGUAUAUCUAUUAAACAUGAAGACAAAAUAUAUAUUGCCCCAUCUGGUGUCCAAAAGGAACGUAUAUGUCCAAAUGAAAUGUUUGUACAAGAUAUUAAUGGGAAAGACUUAGAACUUCCACCUUCAGAGAAAAAGUUGAAAAAAUCCCAAUGUACUCCAUUAUUCAUGUGUGCAUAUUUAAGGAGGAAUGCCGCAGCUGUAAUUCAUACUCAUUCUAAAUUUGCAGUAAUGGUAACAUUACAUUGGCCUGGUAAAGAAUUUCGUGUCACUCAUCUUGAAAUGAUAAAAGGUAUAAGAAAUCAGAAAUUGGGAAGAGCAUAUCGUUAUGAUGAAGAAUUAGUAGUACCAAUAAUUGAAAAUACACCAUUUGAACAAGACUUAAGAGAUGAAUUGGAUAAGACCAUUAUUGCUUAUCCAGAGACAUGUGCUGUAUUAGUACGAAGACAUGGAAUUUAUGUUUGGGGUGAUUCAUGGCAACAAGCAAAGACUAUGACAGAAUGUUACGAUUAUUUGUUUGAUAUAGCAUUGCAAAUGAAACAAAGUGGAAUAGAUCCUCUAGCAACACCAGAAGAUCAUGAAUUAAAAUAUCAAAAAAAUGGAACGCUGAAUGGAUAACACUAAUGCCAUUUCUUAUCAUAAAAAAUGACUUUAUUUGUAUAUUUAA